CGCUCCUCGUACAUCUUCAGCAGAUCGUGUCCGUAGCAAAGGAAAGCCGUUCGCAGGCGUUCCUGGGCUGCCUGAGAAGCAUUUCUCAGCCGCAGUGUCCUUCUCCGAGGUACAGCUACACGGUGAGCCGCGCCGCGUGGUGUUCCAAAAAAUUGACGGAAAAACAAGGAACGACCAGCGCGAUUCUUUCCAGAUUUACCCGGAGCAGGUAGACGCAAAAAACCCUGAGAAUGAGGACAUGCGGAUUGGGGCCUUCCUGAAGCCUGGCGGGGAUUACUUCGAAUAUUCCACUAGCAACGGCAAUCGACUUUCCGGAGACACGCCGAUUCGGUAUCUCGAUGACUGGAAGAAUGGGGAGCCUGAAAUCGUACUGCGCUACGCGUUCACGAAAACCGCCAGCAGUGCAGUAGAGGCUGGGUCGUCGUCGUCGUCCCACGAAACGGUCGCAAGCCUGACGAGGGAGCAGAAGGCAAGACUGACUAAGGAGCAACAGUGUGCGGUGUUGCACGGGGCAAAGAAGUAUCAGUCCAGCGAAGACCUCGUGUUGCAAGACAUACGCAACGGACGGGUUGACAUACAAAAUGCGGAGGACUAUUUGCGAAACCAGGUUCCGUUCGACGUGCGGCGAAAUUACCGUCUUAUGAAUUCGCUCGUUUGCCUGGCGCCCCGGGUGCUGCAGUAUGCAACACGGGAUGUGCUGAGAACGCACGCUCCGGCACCGGUUCCGAAGAGGGAGCGAAAACAAGUCCGGUUCAAAAAGAUUUUUAAAGGCUGGGAAAGCGAUACCGACGUCGAAGCGCGGAUCAAGAAUCUGCCGUCGCAAAACAGUAACGUCGUGGUCCCAGGGCCGCAGUGUGAUUAUUCACAUCACCUUCGCAGGUACGUACGAAACGAACAACCCUGUGACGUCGUCCCGAGGCCGGGUUGUGCUCAUUCACAUGUCCCUCACAGGUCCGGACGAAGCGCACCUGGAAGAAGCUCCCCCUCGCGAGACGCCGGAAGCCCCGGACUACAAGAGACUUCGGAUUUUGCGUUGGGUGAUCGUCUAAAGAGAAUCAAUGCUCUCAACAAUUUUACUUAUAUAGGUUGGGAAAGAAUUGGUGGCGAAGACGACAAGCGGAGGUGGGUCGCUAGACGAGAAUCAGUGAAUCCAAAUCGGUGUACUUUCAACUUGCCAAAACGAGAGUGUACACGAUGCUGCAGGCGUUUGCGUGGAGCAUCGCAGGAGGAGCAAGUGAGGUCUGUUUACCGAGGACUUGUUUCUGUAUCCAGAGCUCUCUGCUGCUACCUGGUCUAGCCUUGAGUUUGUUUGAAGAAGAUAGUUGUACAAUUUACUUUACGCUUUCCUGUAUUUCAAUUUCCCUGAGAGGACAAGUGGCUUCUUCUUAAGAGAGUUCGCCACAGUGGUCGUCCCUCAGUUUGACUAGUAGUUGUAUUCCUAAUGUUGUAUUCCUAAUUUGUUACCUAUCUAUAUCAUGUGUAUGAUGCCGUCAGAAGUUGUUUGAAGUUGAACGUCUCGAAACAUAAAGGCCAUGAAGAAGUUUGGUCUGGAAAGUAAGUAGUACCAGGAACAGUUUUAGCACUCGUGUAUAAUGAUGGGGAUUUUUAGCUUUAUGACAUAACAUUUGAAGCCACAGCCUGAAGCCUUAUGACAUUUGAAAACAGCGUGAAGCCUUAUGAAAUUUGAAGGCACAACGGGAAGCCCUUAUGAUAUUCGAAGCCAGAGCGUGAAGCCUUAUGACAUUGUGAAGCCACACCGCAGCGUGAAGCCUUAUGCCUUGUGAAGUGUAGCAAUGGGCCUAAGCCUGAAAUUUAAAGAAACAACUGACCUACUUAUCCGAAGACAUUCGUCG